CCUUCACCACGACAACAGGGGGGUAAAUAGUUUUUUCCUCCUGAACGCUGUCAGUCUGCCGGCGGGGGUACGAGUUACCUUCAUUCCUUCAUGUGUAUGUGUGUCCGUGUGUGUGUGCUGUAUGCCCGAGCGAGAGAGCUGAGCAGAAGGAGACACGAAGCCACAUCCUUUCUCCGUGAGGAAGAAAAAGAAGAGGUCCAGUGAGGCGCAGGAGAAGAAGAAGCCCCCAAAUGGAGCGCUUAUGCGGAGACGAACCAUUCUGGGAGCCCAAUCGGACCCUCUACGCAGAUGUCCCUGACCUGACCGAGUGCUUUCAGCUGUCUGUGCUGUCAUGGACCCCCUGCAUCUACCUGUGGCUCAUCUCCCCCCUCUACCUCUUUUACCUCAAGAGGAACAACAAAGGCUACAUCAUGAUGUCUUUAUUAAACAGAGUCAAAACGGUUUUUGGCUUUAUUUUGUGGAUUGUGUGCUGGACAGACCUCUUUGCCUCCUUUCAUGAGAUGAAAGAGAAGGACAUACCUUUAAUAUACUUUAUUACUCCAUUAAUAGUUGGCAUGACGAUGCUGUUGGCCACCUUCAUUAUCCAGUUUGAGAGGCUGAGAGGGGUGCAGUCCUCUGGGGUGCUUUUCAUAUUUUGGACUCUGUCGGUGCUGUGUGCCAUUGUGCCUUUCCGCUCCAAGAUCAUCCAUGCCAGCACGAAGGGAGAAGUCAAGGACACACUGCGUUUCACAACAUUCUACAUGUAUUUCGGCCUCACGCUGGCAGAACUCAUCCUGUCCUGCUUCAACGAGAAGCCCCCUCUCUUCUCCAGUGUGGUCACAGAUCCUAAUCCCUGUCCAGAAUCAACUGCUGGCUUCCUCUCAGGAAUGACCUUUUGGUGGUUUACAAGCAUGGCUAUAAAAGGCUACAAAAACCCUUUAGAGACGAAAGACCUGUGGUCCCUAAACAAGCAGGACAGCUCCGACACGGUGGUGCCCGAGCUCCUCAGGGAAUGGGAAGUGGAAAAGUCUAAAGCACAGAGCACUGAGCAGGAUGUGAACGGACAGGCGGUGUACUCUAAAGCUGGAACAGAGGCCAACCAUGUAGAGGUCAGUCCUGAGGAGGUGGAGGUGCUGUUGUCUGACCGGAAGAAGUCCCGUCAGCCCUCAUUUCUACGGGCUCUGCUCAGGGCAUUUGGCCCCUACUUCCUCAUCGGCUCAGCCUUCAAGCUGCUGCAGGACCUCAUCACCUUCAUCAACCCACAGCUUCUCAGGUUGCUGAUUGAGUUCACCAAAGAGAAGGGGGUCCCAUCGUGGUGGGGCUUCUCUCUGGCCUUCCUUAUGUUCGGCUGUGCCCUGCUGCAGACGCUCAUACUGCACCAGCACUUUCAGUACUGCUUUGUCACAGGAAUGAGACUGCGCACCGCUAUCAUAGGAGCCAUCUACAGGAAGUCGUUGGUUAUUACGAAUGAAGCAAAGCGCUCCUCCACAGUGGGGGAGGUGGUCAACCUGAUGUCUGUGGAUGCACAGCGCUUCAUGGACCUCACCACAUUCCUCAACAUGCUGUGGUCUGCACCACUUCAAAUCGUACUGGCCCUCUUCUUUCUCUGGCAGACUUUGGGGCCUUCUGUGCUGGCAGGUGUGGCUGUUAUGAUCCUGCUGAUUCCCUUCAAUGCUGUCAUCGCCAUGAAAACCAGAGCUUACCAGGUGGAGCAGAUGCAGUAUAAAGAUGCUCGCAUCAAGUUGAUGAAUGAAAUUCUGAAUGGAAUAAAGGUUCUGAAGCUGUACGCCUGGGAGGUCUCGUUUAAGGAGAAGGUUCUCCAGAUUCGCCAAAAAGAGCUCAAUGUGCUGCGCAAAACUGCCUACCUCAGUGCUCUCUCCACCAUGGCCUGGACCAGUGCCCCCUUUCUGGUUGCCUUGACAACAUUUGCUGUAUAUGUGACUGUGGACAAAAAGAAUGUUUUAGAUGCGGAGAAGGCCUUCGUCUCCCUGUCUCUGUUCAACAUCUUAAGAUUUCCCCUCAACAUGCUUCCUCAGGUCAUAAGCAGCCUUGUACAAGCUAGCGUGUCUCUCAGGCGCAUCCAGGAGUUCCUGAGUCAUGAUGAGCUGGACCCAGACAAUGUGGACAGAAAGCCUGCCCCCUCUGAUUACGCUGUGACAGUUGUGAAUGGGAAAUUCUCAUGGGCGAAAAAAGACUCGCCCACUCUUCACAACAUUAAUGUGCUGGUGCCCCAAGGCUCACUGUUGGCAGUGGUGGGUCAUGUGGGCUGUGGAAAGUCCUCUCUGGUGUCUGCUCUGCUGGGGGAGAUGGAAAAGCAGGAAGGGCAUAUUUCCAUAAGAGGCUCUGUGGCUUAUGUGCCCCAGCAGGCAUGGAUCCAGAAUGCCACACUGAGAGACAACAUCCUGUUUGGCAAGCCCUAUGUGGAGCAGAAGUACCGUUCUGUGCUGGAGGCCUGCGCCCUCACCCCUGACCUGGAAGUGCUUCCUGGAGGUGACCAAACAGAGAUAGGAGAGAAGGGUAUUAACCUGUCUGGAGGCCAGAGGCAGAGGGUGAGCCUGGCCAGAGCUCUCUACAGUGAAGCAGACGUCUACCUACUGGAUGACCCUCUGUCUGCGGUGGACGCCCAUGUGGCCAAGCACAUCUUCGACAAUGUCAUUGGGCCCGAGGGAGCCCUCCGUGGAAAGACGCGGAUCUUGGUGACACACGGCAUCAGCUUCUUGCCCCAGGUGGAUAACAUCAUGGUUCUGGUGGAUGGCAUGGUGUCGGAGAUGGGCUCCUACCAAGACUUGCUGAAACAGAAUGGGGCCUUCGCUGACUUUUUGAGGAAUUACUCCCUGGAGGACAUCGUAGAGGACGAUGAAGUGACGGAGGUGCUAAUGGAUGAGGAGGAGUCGUUCCCUGAUGACGCUCUCAGUAACCAUACCGAUAUGGUGGACAACGAGCCUGCAGUCAACGAGGCCCGGAGACAGUUCAUGAGGCAGAUCAGCAUCAUGUCCAAUGAUGUGGAGAACCCAAAGACAAAGUCCAUCCGCAGGCGCCGCUGCAGUGAAAGGAGACAUGGGGACCCGCAACAGGAGAAGAAGGAGGCCAAAGGGGAGAAACUCAUCCAGGCCGAGACCACGGAGACGGGCCGGGUGAAGUCCAAGGUUUACUGGGAAUAUGCAAAAGCGGUGGGGCCUCUGCUGUCCGUCUUCAUCUGUUUCCUGUACGCCAGUCAAAGCGCAGCUGCUAUCGGAGCCAACAUCUGGCUCAGCCAGUGGACUAAUGACGCCAGGAACGACACAAUUGCACAUGAGAAAGUACAUAUGAGAGUGGGGGUGUACGCAGCACUGGGCAUUACACAAGGUUUGCUGAUUCUGGCCAACUGUUUACUGUGCCGGGCCUACAGUAUGCUGAAGGCUGCCCACACCACCCACCUCAACAUGCUCCACGCUGUUCUGAGGGCACCGCAGGCCUUUUUCGAGGCCACCCCCUCAGGACGCGUGUUGAACCGCUUCAGCAAAGACGUGGACACAAUAGACACUCUCAUUCCAGACAAUAUUGAUAUCUGGAUGCGCACUUUCUGGUACACAGUCAAUGUGCUGCUCGUAUGCUCUGCCCUCACCCCUAUGUUCCUCAUAGUCAUAGUGCCGUUAAUGAUGUUCUAUUGGUGGGUCCAGAGAUUUUAUGUAGCCACUUCACGGCAGCUAAAGAGACUGGAGUCGGUCAGUAGGUCCCCCAUAUACUCUCAUUUUUCGGAGACCAUCACUGGCACUAGUGUGAUCCGCGCUUACGGGCGCAACAGUGCCUUUGUACUCAUGAGUGAUAUGAAAGUGGAUGAAAACCAAAAGAGUUACUACCCUGGUAUUGUUUCCAACAGGUGGUUGGGGGUCCGGAUUGAGUUUAUUGGAAAUUGUAUUGUUCUGUUUGCUGCUCUGUUCGCCGUGAUCGGGAAAGAGUCGCUGAACCCGAGUCUGGUCGGGCUCUCUGUGUCUUAUGCCCUCCAGGUCACCAUGUCCCUGAACUGGAUGGUGAGAAUGACCUCUGACCUUGAGAGCAACAUCGUGGCCGUGGAAAGAGUGAAGGAGUAUUCAGAGACGCCACCUGAGGCACCAUGGGAAGUGGAGGAUAAGAAGCCCCCUGGUGACUGGCCUUCAGAGGGCAACGUGGAGUUUGUGGACUACAGUGUGAGGUAUCGAGAGGGACUGGACCUGGUGCUGAGAAACAUUUCCCUUAAGGUCAAAGGGGGAGAGAAGAUUGGCAUCGUGGGUAGGACCGGUGCAGGAAAGUCCUCCAUGACCCUUUGCCUGUUCCGUCUUCUGGAGGCUGCAGGAGGGGAGAUCACCAUUGACGCAGUGAAAAUCGAAGAGAUCGGCCUUCACGACCUGAGAUCCAAACUCACCAUCAUCCCUCAGGAACCGGUUCUGUUCUCUGGGACUUUGCGGAUGAACCUUGACCCCUUUGAGAAAUACAGUGACGAUGACGUUUGGAAUGCUCUGACAUUAUCUCACCUACAUAAGUUUGUCAGCAACCAGCCAGCUAAACUCAACUUGGAAUGCUCGGAAGGAGGAGAAAAUCUAAGUGUGGGACAGAGACAGCUCGUCUGUUUAGCUCGAGCCUUGCUGAGGAAGACCAGAAUUCUGAUCCUUGAUGAAGCCACAGCAGCUAUCGACCUGGAGACGGAUGAUCUCAUCCAGUCGACCAUCCGCACACAGUUUGAGGACUGCACAGUCUUCACCAUAGCUCACCGACUCAACACCAUCAUGGACUACACAAGAGUUCUUGUGUUGGACAAGGGACAGGUAGCAGAAUUCGACACACCAGUGAACCUUAUCGCGCAGAAAGGAAUAUUCUACGGUAUGGCUAAAGACGCGGGGUUGGCGUGAGCCUCCGACGCUGUAUAAAUUCAACAGUGCCUUCAUACAUUAAGAGAUAUAGAGCCAGUGAAUGUAUCUUUGUUUUUUACUCAGCUGCGAGCUGUAUACAGGACCUGUCGAUGUUUUUUGCAUUAUUGUUUUUUCUAAAAGUGCAGUGCCACUGUUACUUCACAAUGAACCUGUCUAUUUUUGUACUGUAUUAUUUAAGUCACUUUUCGAAGCUGUUCGAUAGGGAAGAUUACUGCUGAAAUAAAUGUCGGAUCUCAUUUUGUAAACCACAUUUGUAAAGACUUAAAUUUUGUCACAAGAUUGUAAUUAUUUUUUACUGUUUCAUGCUGCAAAUAAGGGAACUGCAAAUAAGUUCCACAAUUGUCUUUGUGACCAAAAUUCCUUGUUUGACAAUCAUAUUCAAAAAGACAUGUUUUUGGGUGUCGGUCGUCUUCUUUAGUCAACUGUUGUGGCUCUUCUGUUUUUGAACUUCUUCAAAAGAUCCCUGUAAGGUACUGUAUGUGCAUUCAGUGUAUCAAGGCUGGGCAAAUGUACAGUAGUCAUCAGGCUCCUGCAUAAAAAGCGUGAGUGUGUGAAAGGGACCAUAUAAAGGAAAAUGGGGGAAAUGCUCCCCUUAAUAACAGCAUCCAUUUACUGUCACACUAAAUCAGGUCUGUACAUGGGUUUAGCAUUUACAUGAUGAUGAUGAUGAUGCAGUUUUGUUUUUAUAGCACAAAAAAAAAAAAACCUUGAAAAGGGGCAUACUGCCCCCUACCUGUAGUAAGUAGCCCCCGUGGAGAAUCUGUCUUCUAUGUUUUACAGAAUGUAAAAAAAAUGGUGUUUUAAUCAAAGUUCAGCACUACAAAUAUAUUUUCUAAUGCAACUGA